GAAACAUAUAACCAGAAAGUCCUGAUCUCUGUUGAGCUCUGUCCAUGCUUUGUCCUCUGGGCUCUGUUUGGAGAAUAACAGCAUGGUGAGGAACAUUGAUGACUUGGAAUUUUGCCUCCCCUCCCACUCAGAUGCUAUCCUUUCAGGCCUACAAGCUCUUCGCUUCAAUUCUCGGCUCUCAGAUGUUGUUCUGGUGGUGCAAGGCCGGGAGUUUCCCUGUCAUCGUGCUGUCCUUGCACUCUGUAGCCAGUACUUCCAUGCCAUGUUCACAGGAGAUUUCCAAGAAAGCAUUGCAGCUCAGGUGGAAAUUAAAGAGGUGGACCCAGAGGUGAUGGAGACUCUUAUUGAUUUCUCCUACACCGGCCGUCUUACUAUUAACCAGAGUAAUGUGGAAAGCCUCAUUCGCACAUCCAACCUUCUUAGUUUUCCUGCAGUGCGCAAAGUGUGCAGCCGCUAUCUGCAGCAGCAGAUGGAUGCUACAAAUUGCCUGGGUAUUUGGGAAUUUGGUGAAACACAUGGCUGUCCUGAAGUAGCAGCAAAAGCACUGUCCUUCCUACAGGAGAACUUUGAAGCAGUUUCCCAGGAAGAGGAGUUCUUGCUUUUGAGCCCUGAGAGGCUACUGUGCUAUUUGGGAGACCCCCUGCUGCAGGUCAGGGACGAGGAGAGCCGAACAAAAGCAGCUCUACAUUGGGUAAAGCAGGAUGAGGAGGGUAGGGCCCACUGUCUUCCACAGUUGCUGAAUGUGGCCCGGCUAUCCAGCUUGACUGACCAAUAUCUGCAGGAGUUGAUGGAGGCAGAGCCAUUGAUCAGCGAGUCUGAGGUGUGCAAAACACUGAUCAGCAAGAGUCUUGGGCAGGAAACCAGGGGUCCCAGAGAACAAUCACUUGUAUAUCUAGAGGAAGUAUUGGUAGUGGUGGGAGGAAAGGUCUUGGAGGAAGAAGAAGAUGAGGAUGAGGAUGAAGAAGAUGAGGAGACACCAAGAACAUCAGCAAACUUUGCAUACUACAAUACAAAAACCAAAAAAUGGAUGUCCGUUCCUGAUUUUCCAGAUUAUAAUAAAUGGGGGUUCUCCGUCACGUCUCUGAACAAUGAUGUUUAUGUCACAGGUGGCUCAAGAGGAUCACGGGAUGACUCUUGGUCCACACGGCAGGGCUGGCGCUUUGUUCUAAAUGAAGGAAUAUGGAAGCCAAUUACACCUAUGAUCAAUCCACGCACUAAUCAUGCCAGUGCAUCUCUGAAUGGAGAAAUAUAUGUCAUUGGAGGAACCUUGCAAGAAGCUGUGGAGGUGGAAUGCUAUGACCCCUACAGUGGGACGUGGUCACUAAUAAGCCCUGCUCAGAAGUAUGUGAGCAAUUUCGCUGCUGUAGGGUGUAGUGGAAAGCUGUACCUGAUUGGUUCCUGUGCUAUGAAGUAUAAUGCCCUCACUCUUCAGUGCUACAACCCAGCUACAGAUGGCUGGAGUGUCAUUGCCUCCCCAUUCAUCCCAAAGUACCUCUCAUCUCCUCGCUGUUGUACAGUGGGGGGUGCUGUGUACCUCGUUGCUGACAACACAAAAAAAGUUUAUAUGUAUCUUCCUGAAGUUAACCUAUGGAAAAAGGUGCAGCUUCUCCACACCCUUCAUGAGAAUGGAGGCAUGACAGCUGUUGGUUCUCGCUUGUAUGUGACUGGCGGCCACUGGCAUGGCAUGGCACGAGAGUACAGUGUAGUCAUGGAGUCCUAUGACUGUAGCGCUGAUGUCUGGAAACGAGAGGGGCCUCUCCCUAGUCGCUGGCUCUACCACUGCACCUCCACUAUAUUUAUGGACACAUCUCGGUGGACAGAAAAAUUCCAGGGACAAUCAGAGGCAGAACACUGACAAAAAAUGAAUAGGAGCUGCGUCACGAGAAAUGGAAGACAUACAGAGCAAUGUGCUUGUUUGUGAGAAAUGUGUCCUGGAUGCAAGAUGAGAUAACGCUAUAUAACUUAUACAGAACAUGAAUGAUGGACUGUGAAACAGCUUUUCCACCUGAAUUAUUGAUCUUUAUUAAGCUAAACAAUCUGUUCCAGGAGUAGAACAUUAAAGUAGAUGCAGUUCUAUCUAUUGGCAGUUUCCCUUAAGAUGACACAUGGGGCAGAGGCUGAUGUGAAUGAUGUGUUUGCGCUAUAUAAUGAUAUUGAUCUAAAUUCUAACAGGAUUGAAAUAUUGUAUCUCCAAAUUUAUAAACACUUUUUGUAUUUCACAUGAAUGACAGCUGUGGUGCUUAUGUCCAACUUUGUACAAUAGCUUCCAAAGGAGGUUCAUAUAGUGUAAAGCUGGGCAUACAUAAUAAGAGCCACAUGUUUGGCCAAUUCACAAAACAAGGGGGUUGUUAUCCAAUUUGUCCACAAACGCACUCAGUCAAAUUGGAAUGAUCCAAAGGUCUGGCCUCCGGUCUAAUUAUUGGAUCACAAUGGGGGUUAGGGAUCAUUGUAUAAAUAAAUUUGAAAAAUAAAUAAACUAGAAAUCCUUAGGGAUUAUUAUUUAAAAGACACUGUUACUCGUAAGAGAGCAUUUAUUCUUUCACUUCAGUCCACAGCAAUUUAAAGGGGCACAACAGCUAAACCAAGUGUAAGGCUAAAGCCACGACAGUCAUGUUGAAGUGAAUGGCAGCUGUCUGUACUGAAAUCUGUAUGAGCAGUAACAGGUGGUUCCCAUACAAGUCAAAGGCAAUGGGUGGUGUCAGCUGUUUCUCCAUCAGCAGAAAUACAUAGUGUGACAUUAGGCUGAGGCAUUAUAGGGUGUGAUACAGAUGAAAAGCAAAAUGGGACACUGAGGCUAGGCUUGUCCCCUGACCUAUUUUGAACCAAACAGUCUGGUUUUUACAUGGGCUGUCCAGUUCAACUCUGCCUCUCUGGGCUUCAGAGGGUGGAACAAUGGACAAAACUCUGCCAGACUGACUUGAAAUUAAGCCAGUGUCUGUCUGCCAUGCCAUAGCCCUGUCCACUGACCACCCCUAAAAUUCAUUGCUCCACCCCCAACAUCAUCAACUCACCCCUGAUGCCAUUCGCCCUGCGUCUUGCAGUUUUUGCUGGCUUGUCGCAUGUACAGGAGUUUUAGCAGGAUGGACUCAACAGUACAGCACAUCUGAAACACCCCUGGUGUGAGGUUGUUCAUUAGGAGCUGCCCUAAUUAGAGAUAACGAAAUGAGGUUGGGUCCAACACUUUGUCCCUUUAAAUGCAAAAUAAUCAUGUUGGGACACUGAAAAAUUCAUCUUGGUAUUAAAAAUGAAAAUGUCCUAAUGCCAUCACAAGACAAUAAGGGACAAUAUACACCUGUGUCCAACAUGAGUUCAAUGGAUUUGGCUUUUAUUGGACAUGCUUUCUGCCUAUUGUUUUAAUUAAGAAAUGUCUGUGGUUUGUGUUAUUUUUUGCUGUGGUCAGUGCAGAAAAGGAAAAUUAAAAGUACUUUGAUUGUC